AUGACAAGCAAGCUUAUGCAGUUAAUCGAAACACGGACUAAGAGACCGGUUUUAGAUGAAUCAGAGUUGAAAGUGAGCUCGCACUGGAAACUUAUCAAAACCGCUAUUAAACAACCGCAUGGGGACGAUCCAAAGAAACUUGAUGAGAAACAGUCUCUACAUGUAGGACACGGCGUUCAUUCAGUGAAUUCUUUGCCGGUUGAGGAAGAUCUUUCCUUUGUAGCGUUUAACUCAUUUAAUCAUAACUUUGUUGGAAUUGAUAAAGAUGGAAAGGCCUCAGUUUUUCUGCCAACCGGUUACCGAGAAGAUGUGAACAACAAGACCCUUAAAGAUGCCAUCUGUGGAAUAGUAUACGCAAAGAAACCUAGAUUUUAUGUUGCCUGGGGAUUUGAUGAAAAUAUUAGAGUAAGUACACGUCUUUUUAUUAAUGGACAGACAUAAAUGUGAGCAUCUCUUGUAAUCAAUGAUGAUUCAAAUGAUUUUCUAUAGAGAACAGCUCACUUUUAGGAGGGCAUGGUAGAGUCACUGCGUAGGUGGUAAGCUCUCAGGCGUCAAGAAAAGAAAGUAUUGGAAGUUAAGCACUGUGAAGUGCAUGUAGGGAAGCAGGAGCAUAGUUCCAUGGUUGAGUCUUUCCUUCCUGCUGCUAAUGAUGUGGCCUGGGUUCAAUUCUCUGAUCAGGCACCUUUACUGGUUUAUUUUGUUUUGCUCAGGGUGUUUUUUACAAUGGUCUCCAGUUUUCUUCCCUUCUACAAUAGUCUCUGUCUGUUUGAUUAGAAAACAGCAAAUGAGAACUUGCAAAAAUUCUUGAAUGUGCCUCUUUUGAUUAUGCAAAUUAUUUUUUGCCCAUCUGUGGGUUAAAUUAAAUGCACUCAAAGCAAUUGAGACUCUAAAGAUCACUGCAAAAUCCAGUUAGGUGAUCAUUAUUGUCAGAUGUGAUAUAUAAACUGAAUGAAAGACAUAUAUAUACAAGCAUUAAAUGUAUUUUCCACCAUAUCUGGUAAUUUGGUGAAUCAGAUCUCAGUUUUGCAAUGGUUAUGUUCCUUAGUGGACUCAUUAUCUGGUUUACAUCACUGUCACAUGGCUCUGAACUCAGUAGUAAAGUUCAUCUUGAUUGUUCUGCUAAUGUGCAUGAAAAAGCUUUGGAAUGUAAAUUAUUGGAUUUUCCCCACUAAUAUGGUGGCCAGCCUGCUUAAAUUUCUGAAAAAGACACAGUUAAAGCUGCCUGCAUUUUCAGUAAUUGAUUAAGUUCAUUGGUACAUAAUUGAUGACAGUAUUCUCUCACUAAUCUUCACCAUAUUUAAAUUAUUAAUACUACUCCAUGCCAGUAGCAUGUUUAUAUUCAACUUGAACCUUAUCCCCAUUAUCAAGUUACCCCUCUACUUUAAGAUUUGAUGUUCUCCCCUUGAUACUCUACCCCACUGAUGAUAAACCAAAGAAAAAUAAACGUGUAUGUGAGUGAUGGUUUUGAGGUGAAAAAACCUAACCCACACAAGAAUACAUGUAAAAAUAACUGUAUUGUCAAACAGACUUGAUAGUUACUAAAAAAGAUGUACUAAACUGAUUUGUACCCAUGCAGAGUAAUGGUGCAUUGCAUUAAUAACUAAAAAUGGUUGUUUCUCUGACUGAUAUUUUUUUGCUGCAGUUGAUGUCAGAUGAUUUCAAAGUCAUAAGUGUGGCAACCUCUGUUAGCAGAAUUUUCAGGUAAAUAAUAAUUCUUCUGGGGCUAUGCAUGUGUCUCAGGUACAUGUACAUGGUGUUUAAAUAAUAUUGGUAACUUACUGUAGAUCAACAUUCUUUGAAUAAACCCUGUUGUCUUCAAAAUUAAUGAUUAGACAUUCUCAUAUUUACAUAAAUACACACUUGGAACUAGUAUGAUUCAUGUACAUUUGAAGGCUGUGCUUAAUUUGCAAUUACAGUGUACAGUACAAUGCAAUUAUGAUUUAAGAAACCUCUCUGACAUGAAGAGCAAAUGUUUUGCAAACUACAGCUUAAAUAAUAUGGCAAUGGUAAAUCAGUUCUUGUAGUUUGUUGGCCCCAUGCAUAUUCUAAUGUAUUAAAGAAUACAUUUUGUGAGUUGUUGGUCAUAUAUAAUUAAUUUGUUUUGCCACUGCUUAUUAUUCUGCCAAUUAAGCAGUCUCAUUUUACAAAAAUUAUUUAAAAACUGGGUAGAAUAUUUCACUUCUCUUUACUAAUAUUGAUUAUGGAUUGUUUAACAGAAUUUUUUUUCAUUUUCUUUUAUCAGUGGAGUGUAUAACGAAUCUUCAAAUGAAAUAAUAACUGGUGGAGUUGGAAAUCUCACAGUAAGUUAAACAUCAUUUAUCUGGUCAGCAAUUUUCAAGUUUCAGUUUUUCAUCAAGAAUGUUGUUGAAAACUAUUUUGUUCAUAUUUUAAAUCUUAAAUCCCUGAGAGUGAUAAGCAUCUAAUUUCUUCCAACAGUAUCCCCCUGAAUCAAACAUUAAGGUUAUGAGAAUAAAAGGAAAUUAUUACAAGGUUAAGAAGCUCUUGAUUAUUGAGCAAAUUUUCCUUGUAAGUACAGCUGGAAAUGAAUAGAGAACAGUAUGGAGAACUUGUAAACUGAAGUUAGAGUGCUGGAAAUGAAUAGAAAACAGUAUGGAGAACUUGUAAACUGAAGUUAGAGUGUAGUGACUUGUAUGGACCUGGCCUGUUUGGGAUCAUCAUUUUGGUUUUGAUUCUGGCUGGUAGAAUUUUCCUAUGUGUACUUGCUAUUUUUGUGGCACAACACAGAUUUUAUGAGGGAUUAUAUGGUUUAAAUACAAAUCUGUUAUUGAUUGAUCUUUUUUUACAGUGCUGGAGUUUUAGAUAUGGAGCAAAAUUUCUUCUCCAGCGUAAAGUCCUUACAGUAAGUUGAUUUAUUUUGUAAAAACAAUUUCCAUUUCUUUUAAUUUGUGAGUUAAUGAGUUUCUUGCCUGAGUCAUUGUCUCUUAAUGAUAUCAAUAUGCUGAUCAAUAUCAGUAUCUGGGCAACUGCCCACCUACCCCUCCCCUAACCCAACAUUAACCCUAACUUGUUAUCAAUAGACUGUUGUUGGGUUAGGGGAGGGGUUGGUGGGCAGUUGCCCAGAUACUGAUUUUGAUCCCAAUAUGCAAUGCAAUGUAAGCCUAAUCUCAAAGAGCAAGAAAAAUACUUUUUUUUGUCCAUUAUUUCAGGAUUGUAUGCCUCCAUCCUGCAUCAUAUCUUUUCUCUGCUUGGAAGACACCCCAAGCAGAUCACAGAGAUGCUUUGCUGUGUAUCACAAUAAUGUGAUUAUUUACAAUCUCCUCAAUGGAACAUGUGUUGGACACCUCAAAGAGCUGCAUCCCAGAGAGAUCACCGCUAUGUUGUUUUUCAAUCCACUUAAGGUACAAUUUACAGACUUUUUGUCAUUACUGUAUAUCACAAAAAAUGCGAGAGAAAUGUUUGCUUGUAAUUCACUGCUUUGACUCCCAAAAUAUGACUGUUAAUCUCCUCUCUAGCUCCUACACAUUUCCAUGUAAAUUAGUUACAGGAAUUUGGUGGUACAUCAAGGUAACAACAUGUACCUGAGAAGUUUGAUAGUUCUCAUUACUUGUUUUACGGAUAGUGUAUGUGGAUAUUACAUGGAGAAAUUACAUAUUAAUCAUUUCUGGGAAUUAAAGGUUGAAAACAACACAGAACUGUAUUAGAAACUGUACAACUUUGGACAACCCCAGCCAUUGCUUAAAGGUCUCUGCAAAAUUUAGAUUUUAACCCUUUAAUUCCCAAGAUGUGAUUGUUAAUUCUCCCCUCUAACAGCUGCACAUUUCCUUGUAAAACAUUUGUGAGAAUUAAGGGCCUGUCUACAGGGAGGUGGGGGAAUCCAGGUAGGUGAGGUAACUCGCCUAGCUGUGAUUAAAAAAUAAAAUGCAUUAAUAGUCAAAGUAAUUUUGAUUGCAUCUUCAGUCCAAAUAUAUUUAAUAGAGGCUAAUGGCAUACAAAUUCAUUUUUAUUUUAUUUAUAAAAAGAAACUGAAGGGCUAUAUUGUUGCUGUUAUCAUUGUUAUCAUUAUUAUUAUUAUUAUUAUUAUUAUUAUUAUUACCAUAGUUCAAGUCUGAAAUUUGAAUAGUUAUGCAGUUUGUAUUGGCAUUGCUUUUUUUUCUAAUAAUGGAGCACUUUGUUGCAUUCUACAUGAAAAUGCUAGAGGCCUUUAGUUAUUUGUGUGCUAAGUUAGAUAGUACUUACAUACGUGUAAUAAUGCAUACAUUUCUUCAUUUAUAGUUUUUUUAUUCUGUGGGUUUUGUUCUAUAGUAUCUUAUAACGGGAGCAAAAGACGGUUCAAUAAAGGUUUGGGAUGACAGAGGAAAUAUCAAGAUCAUCUUUGUUGGCCAUUUAAAGUCAGUGAACACCCUAGCCGUGUAUCCAUUUGGUACCUAUAUCAUGUCAGGGUCCAGUGAUAACAGCAUACGUGUGUGGAGUUUAGACACUGCUGAUGAAGUGGAUAGAAUUGAUACUAAAGAAGCUGUACUGGGUCUUGGUACUAUUGUAGGAAAAAAUGACUUGUAUUCCUUUGGACGGAGAUCGAUAGAGUUGUGGAAGAUCGAGCACAUUCAUUCUGUGUUUGCAACUGUGGGGUGAGUGAAAUCUAAUCUUUGGAGCUACAUGUACAGUUAAGCUUGGGUGAUCUACAUAGCGCGUUAUUCGUGGGGAAACGGAUGAAAGGACGCAUUUUGAUCGAGCAUCUUAGAGCCAAAGCUUCACCCAAGAAAUUAGCUUCAAGCGCGCGAAAACGCCAGUGACUGAGUCGAAAUCGAUUUUAGUUUUGGUCAAGUGAGUGGCGCGAAUUUGAUAAGCCAAUCACAAAGCAAAGGGGAAGCAAAGCCAAUACAAUCAAGGUCGUUGAAUAUUGUAAGUUUUACACUCUUGUAUGUUGAUGAGACAUUUGCUUACAAUUCAUUAAGAUUUUAACUUGUCGCAAAAUUAAGUUUGACAAAAAAUAUUUAGUCCUAUUACAACUAAUGCUUCUUACUAUGUUAAGCGGCUAAUUGGAGACAGAAAACAAGUGCUCUCUUUCCGCCAUUCUUGAAACUACAUGUAUACCCGGGUGUAGCCUAACAUAUUUAAUUUUUUUUUCCUUCCUGAAGAAGCAAAAUCAAAUCUAUCAAGCCUACGACGCACCCAAGAGUAAGUGAUACUUUAAUCUAACUACAUGUGUAAGUAAAGCUAAAGUUAGCCCCUUUAGUUAUACAAUACGUGUAAAUGCAUGCAUGUAUGUGUCAAUAAAAUCUUAAGAAUGUAUUGUGAAUUGCCAAACGCCAUGCGCAUGUCAUCUCGUAUUAAUCGUCAUACCUACAUACCGGCAUACUUACAGCUGCACACACACUAUACAUUGAAUCAGAUUUAAACAGAAAUCUUACUGUUACUUUUUUUUACCAUGGUCCGCUUAACUUUCUACACUGUUUGACCACUGUUCAACAGCCGAUAUACACCGACCGAUGGGUCAAAGCGACGCGUAAGAGUGGAGAGGUCGCUACAAGAAUUCGCUGAGUUUCAAAAUCUGAUAAAAAAAAAACUUUGCUGCUGCAGCAAGUUGCAGAAGCUCAGAUUGGUAUGAAUUUGUGACAUUACUACAGCAGUUAAAGGAGUCGCAGUGACUUGUGUAAGGAACAGCACAUACAAGCGGUUCGUGGCAGCCGCACAGAUCUGUGGAAACGACCUUUCGCGUAAUGUUUCCCGGCCUUUAAAAUUAGCAACUCUGUUGUUCUCUUCAUUCCCCAGAUGCCAACCAGACUGGUGUGCACAUGUGAUGACGCAACAGUACGUCUGUUGUCCCCCGGCUCCGGCGAGUGUAUCACUACCAUGUUGUUACCAAACAUGAGUAUUAUCGCUGAUGUGGCUUACGCUGCUGCUGAAAGUAAGACGAGAUGAAAAUUGAUUGUCUUAUAUCAUAUUCCAGUUUCUCUUAGACUUACAUAUGUCAGGGAGGUACAUUUACCAGAGGUGCCGUGCUGACAACUGAGAAAGAUCGCCUCCCACUGGAGGGCCCUGGGUACGAAUCCCAGACCUGAAGUCAUGUGUGGGUUGACUUUGUAGUUGUUUCUCGUCUUUGCUCCGAAGAUUUUCCUCCAGGUUCCCCUGUUCUCCUCCUUCCACAAAAACCAACACUCAUCCCCGUCUAAGUCCUACCCUCUUGUUCAGCUGUUUUUAUUGUGUACUAAAUUUUAGACGUGGAACUAUCUGCUGUAAUAUUGUUUACUACUGUAACACCUGUUUUGACUAUACUGCUAGAGUAGAUCAGAAUUACGUUAGGCGUAGUGUUCAGAGAAGUUGAGAAAUCUUUCUGGUGUGUUUUAAUGAAGUUGAACGCCAACUUUUCCACGCCCUGAUAGUGUGCUCUUACAAUCACGAGGAAGCUCUUUACCUUAUGUUUUUCGUUUUACUUUGUAGAUUUGAUGUUUACUUUGCUCUCAAACGGUAAAAUCUUAAAGGCAUCCACUCUGACCAAUCCAUGUAAGAAACUUCAGGAGUGGGAUACAAACAGCAAUUCAGAUGGUACGGUCUUGAUUUUUGCUUGUGGAUACUUUUGUAUACUAAGCUCUAAUUUUCUGGCUUAGUAGCGUGCAGUAUAUGUCUCAAUACUUAUCCAUUAUCAACAACUUUUGCUUGUAUGCGUUUGGUCUAAAACUGGAUUCUGGGAAAAAAUUAAGUCCGAUGAAAAAUAUACGAGUAUCUUGUACGCAAAAUCAGAGGAAACUGGUUUUUUUUUUAUGUGAUUAACGAUUGCUUUUGUACUUGUUUUCAGCACCCUCUUCAUGUACUUGUCUUUGUCUUUAUGAAUAUGUUGUGCAGGUAAGAUAUAUUUAAGACAAAAAUACUUUCCUAUGCAGUGAUAUUAGCACACUUGAACCAAAUCUCGAAAUAGCGGUCAGUCAUAUCCUAUCUGCUGGCUUUUUUUUUUUAACGCAUUGUGUGAAAAUGACUCUGUCAAAUUAUUUGUCCUGUUAAAAUUUGCUUUAAGGUCCUAACUUAAAAGCGCUUUCAGGAAAAUUCACCCAUUGUGUCCGUUUCAAAGAGAGUAAAACAGCAAACCGUUACUUUGGGGCCGCAUGAAGUGUUUGCAAUUCCGUAACAGCGAGAGGGUGGGAUGGUAGUGUUUGUUCGGAGAGCGUGUAACAGAUGGGUUUGACUCAUUCGUUUCUUUGGUCAGAGAUUAUAGUAGUGAAAUCUUUAAUUGGUGAUAUUUGACUGUCAUUAAUACAUUUGAUGCCAUUUAAAUCCUAAAUAAACUGUUGCUGUUUCUAGGAUGAGCUCGAAGGUGACUCUUGGGGAAAUUUGGUGACAGCGCUGAAAGCGAAAAAGAGAGCUGAGGAACUUGAGACUAAAGGACAAGCUAUGAACGCAUAUGAUAGAACUCUGCUGUUAGGCGGCUCUACCAAUGGUAUGAUUGUCGUGUUUGACUGGCAGAAUGACACCAACCCUGGAAAAAUCUCUUUCCAAAUAGAGGUAAGUUUCUUUGAAACGAAAGCCACAUCAGUAUAGGACAAGGAGGAGCCUUAUUUUACAGGUCAAAGCUAGAUUCUUUUCGUAGCAAGUUUCUGCGCCUUUAUCGUUUGAAAAGAUCAAGUAACUCUUGUUUAUGUGCAAGACUAAAUGUGUCACAUCUUUGAUUGCACAUACACAACACACCUAAGGGUUUCACCUAUGGAGUGACAGUUAAGGGUACACGGCAACGUUUCUAUUACAUGUAGGUGGGUUCCAUAUGUUUCUUGUGCAGAUGACACAGAUGUGAGCUCGAUUUUUUCCCAACAGGGGCACAGAGAUGAGGUCAUCACCAUGGUAGCGAAUCCAGAAGUUGAUCAAGUGAUAUCUGCUGGUCUGGGUGAGUUGAUUUUUUCCGCUCAACAAAGUGUGAGCCGAACACCUGUUUGUAAACGCAGGCUCGCCUUAACGCGCGUGAGCGUAAAACGCACGCGCUCAUAACGUUUGUUUGCGUCAGCCGGUUUCAUCAAUCCUUUUUCAUGCGUGCUGGAUACUCUCGUAUUUGUAUCUCUAUGGCUUUUUUGCCUUCAUUUCAUUGAGUCAGAAACCAAAGUCAAAGUCCCCAUUUACGAGAGGUAGCAUAAUCAGAUGUCUUUGGAUAUCCUUCAAUCUGCGGGCUGGUGUCGAAUGCAGAGACCUGAUUUUUCUCAGAACGGUUCAGUGCAACGUUUUAUCUUCAAUCCAUUUAACGUGUAACUCGGAAUCAAACGGCUUUCUUCGACUCCCUUUUUUAUGUGAACGGACUCAAUGGAACCUAAAGUAUCUAUACCACCACUAAGACUUGAUGCGGAACAGUGCAUAACUUACAAGCUUCUAAGAUCUGCGGUUUUUGUUGUGAAGAUUUGAGUAUCACAAAUCGCCAGCUGGUCUACGACUAGGAGACACUUACUUCACAUAAUGUUUGCCUGAUAUUAGCAAUUCCACAGCUCUUCGCAAACAACUAUCUCGAGGAGGCUAAAGAUCAAGUCUAAAACUGAGGAGUAAAGGAUGGGAUAUGCUACAAUUUCCUUUUUCUUUAUUUUGCCUGUGCUCCACGAAUACUCAGUAUUUGCAAUUUAUUUUCAGAUCACACCAUCAAGAUUUGGCGCCUUUUUCCGUUCGCCGAGGAAGCCCUUGCCCCUCUGAUGACGUUGUAUUGCCAUGAGACGCCCAGGCUCUUGUCUGUGGCUCACCACAAGCUAUGUGCGGCAUUCCACGAGCCGGCUACUGCUUCAUAUAACAUCGUCGUGUUUAAAACUACUCAAAAAAGUGAGUAACAGAGUACUGUAAAUGUUCUGAAGUUUGAAUUAUCAUACACGACAGGGAAUCGUUGUCACAUUUCCGAUUCUUUUAAGGAGCCAAUGAGAUCUUGAAGUAAACUCGUGGUAGCGGCCUCAAGCGUAGAAAAAUGAACAUGAUUAAGUUGGUAUUGAUUGGAGCAUUGAUUAAGAAUUGCUCAAGGCACCGGUUUUAGUUGUUUUUAUUUUGUGUACGGUUUUUAAAGAGUUUCCGAAAGCCCAUACAAUGUUUUGUGUUCUUUUAUUUAAAGAAAUUGUGUCUUCAACGAAAUUUUAAUUUCUCCAACCCAAAUGCGUUUCUUUGUCUUUGCCUUUUUAUCUUCGUCGUCUUUCUUUGGGAGAUUUUAGUUUUGGUGUCGUCUCAAAGCUGAUUGGAUGUUCCCUGAAAUGUUUCUCAUGUUAGCGCUAAUGUGCCAAAUCAAGCUGGUUGCGUUGGUAGAUAAAUGGCAAAAACCAGCUUUCGUUUUAAUUUUUCGUCGAAUUACUUUCUAAAUUGUUUAACUGUUUUCCAAAACAGAACGAUUUGAUCACAAUAGCGAUUGGGAUCACAUGGAUGACGUUACGGGACUGGCCAGCUGCGCCAAAAUGAGACUGUUUGCGUCAUGUAGCGCAGACGGCUCUGUGAGAGUCUGGGACGAGUCCAACAAACUGUUACGCGUCAUCAAACUAAAUGCUACUCCCACCAGCAUUUGCUUCUCAAGUCAGAAAGGCGACCUGAUUGUGGGCAUUGGGAAACAUCUGCACAAGAUUAACUACGCGACUUGUAAGUAAAGAGUACUUCAGAUUGAUGAAUUGUGCAAGAAAUUAUUUCAUUUUAAGCUACCUAGCAACAGUUGGACCCACUGUUUGAGACGUGCGAAAAUAUUCUCAACUUGAAGGACACUGCAAAAUGAUAAGUGCAUAUCAAUUAAAUUUUUGUACACCAAAAACCGAAACACUUGUAAUCUUAAUGACCAACCAGAUAGAAGGAAGAUUAAAGACGAUACCUCUAAAAGUAUGGGAAAAUGCGAACUAAGUUGCUUUGCCUCUAGUAGGGUAAGAAGGUCGUACGAGAUUAUGAAUGACGAAUUUGAAAUAUUUAGACUCAAGUUGCAAAGUCGCUCCUUGAAGCUUCAUCUUUAGCCUCGUCCACAUUUUUGUGUUCCUUCCUGCAAACGCUUGCUCAAUUGUUCCAUGCGUAGAAUUUCAUUCUAGAUAUUGUGCCAGUCGCAUUUCUCUUUUUCAAAUAUGGAGAGUAUACCUACGAUGUGAUAUUUCUCUAACAUUAUAAGAGGGGUCUUUUAGUUCUUCUCUAUCAUUCUUUAGUGUUUACCACACGGAUGAAUAGUGCUUUUCGUGUGCUCUGGUUGGCUGGUUCGGAAGUGAUUCGCCAAUACAAUUCACAUCCGAGAAGCCGAAGAGACAAAAUCGCGCGCCAGCAAUUUAAUUUCCGGCUCCUUUUUGGGGAUAUUGACAGAAAUAAGCUCUCUUUUUUCGGUUUCUCUGUGGUAUAUUAACAUUUAUUCACCUCCACUUCGGUAAAUAAUUGUUAAUUAUUAUAAGAAGAAAUAAGCCGAGUGUUCUUAGAAACGAUUGAUUUGAUCGGACCCGAUUGAUUUUGUAUCUUUUUAAACUGUCUCGAUCGUGGUUCAACUACACCAACAAAAAGAAAAGAAAUCAGGGCAACGACCUACCAGAACAAUGUGUGCAUACUCACUAUGAUAGGUAAAAAUGUCUGAAUUUUUAUCCAUAUUCUCAAUAUGCAUAUUCCUGACUCUGCCUUUCACAACCUAUAGACAUGCCUCAGUCGUUUAUUUUCCGAAUGGUAGCGAUGGAUUUUCGACGCGUCAUCGCUGAGGCACCGAUGGAUAUUGACUCUGAAAUCAAGGGCAACCUAACACCUGAGGAGUGUCAGAGACUGAGCCGAGUCAAGUCUUCGUUACACAAAUACAAUGAUUUUCACGACAUUUUGCCACAGGAUGAGAUGGACGAGAAAAUUCAGGAAGAAGAAAGGAGAACACAGGUAAGUUAUUUCUUUUGUUCACAUUGUUUGCAAAAAUUUUUGCAAAGAGGUCAUUUCAAGUGUUAUUGAAACAACUUUAAUGUUGUGUUAGCCACGCUUUUUUGUUCGCGUCACUUAAAUUUCCAUUUCACUGAUUUUUUUUACUGGCAAAAUUUCGCAUACAUUUUAUGUUUUAAAGUAUUUUCAAUUAUAACCGUAAUAAUGCAUUCCCACAUCCUUUCAGGCUUUCUCGAAGAUUCAGAAGCGAGAAAACGAGCUAAGAAAACUUAGAGAUGGCACUUACCGAUUCAGCAGGAAAAGGCCGAAUAUCGAUUCAGAGGCAGUACGCGGAGAAGCGUUUGAAAAAUACCUGGAAAUAUUUUACAAGCGUCCUCACUUUGAUCUUCCAGACGAUACUCUGGAGGACAGUGGUGUUGAUAACGAGGAAGAGGAGGAACCUUACGCUGAAGACAGGGGAACGGGAUUUUUCUCGAUCAGUAGACAAUCGCAAAGAUCGAAGAAAAGUCAGUCCUUCCCUGAAAAAACAGCCAAAGCUGAGAUUGCGAGUUUAUCCAUGUCGGAAUUUGAGCCUAUUAAAUUACAGGACGAUUACGAAGGGAUGCCGGUGCUUCCUCCUGCGGAUGAACGAGACGAAUUGUCGCCAUCUGAGCGGCCUUUUACCAUGGAAACUGAAAGCGAGAUCUUCUCACACGGUGAAACGAGCUCAAGGGUUUCGCAUUCGGCACCAGCUCGCAGAUUGAAGGAUUUCCGAAAGCAUCCGAUUGAGCCACCGCUUGUAAAUCGGGACCGUGAUCGGUACGUUGUCGACGUUCCCAAGUCAAAGCGAUAUCCAUCACCUAGCCAGUCUGUUCAAAAAGUAUCACAGAGGCUUUCGCGCCUAGCUUCGUAUCAAAAUGAGGGCGACGAAGAAGAGAUGUUUGUUAUUGCUCCCGAUGGCUUCAUUCCAAACUCAGUAGUUGUAGCCAUGUUCAAGGAUUUGAGAGAUGAAACUAAAGAAGAAACAGACAAGUGGAAGCUGCCUCAGUUGACUGCAGAACAACUGGCAGAACUGGAGAGCAGGAAAAAGGUAAAAUAAAUUGAAUGGUGUAACACGCAAGGCGCUUAUUAUUCAUCAUGAACUUACAUAAACGUUAGUAACUGACAUUUUUUUCUUGAGCCAAAAACGGUGACCGGAGGCUAGAUGUUUUUCAUGGCACACAGUAUGUUGUAUUUUGUGUUUUGUUUUUUCUUGUUCGUUUGUUUUUGUAAUCGUCUAAUUUUGCAUGGCUGUUGGAUUCCUUUUUUACCUUCAACAAAGACUAAGAAAAGUAAGGUUAUCGACAAGAUCACGGGAUUUUGAUCAAAGUGAACUUUGUUUUUUAUUCCGUAGAAACUUCCUAAAUCUCCAGAGAGUCCUAAAGGCAAGAAAGAGAGGAGAAAGUCAAAUUAUGCCAGUCAGCUGCAACUGGCUUUAAGAGACAGUCCGUCACCUGAGCCUGUGGACGACACUGACCUCUUCAAAUCGCCCACUCCUACACCUCCCCCGUCCCCUCCCCCAGAGGAGCCGACACCGCCAAGUAUCCCCUCCCCAAAGAAAGAAAUCAAACCAGUUCGACCGAUUGAGAAACUGAUAUCGAGACCGAAGCCUCCAACUCCAGAACCGUAAGUACUAUGUAUUGAUUUCAGAGGAUAAAUUAAGUAACACCCUUUUAAGACUCCUUCUUCUUCAAUAAACCUCCUUAUAGAGCAUACCUCCCUUGUUACAAAGACCCCCCUUACCGCUGUAUCGCAGCUACGGUAGCACUCUUGUGCGUUAGUGUUGGUUAACAUUUCAAUCCAUAGUAUGCUUGUAUUUGAACAGCUCUAUCAGUUUCUCUCUGAAAUAUUGUACACAGUAUGUGUUUCUUUGGUUGGCUCUCAAUGACUUUUUAAUUACUUCCCUUCCCCCCCCUCCCCACGUCUCUCCAAAAAGCGCCCUCUUCGAUAUGCCCUCCCCUACCCCACCCUCUUGAAUUCAUGAACCCUGCGUGGAUUUAAUCGGGCCUUUACGGCAGAUGUGAUCCGUUUAAGAGGAUUUGCCUUCGUAAAUCUCCAUAAAUCUCCGUAAAUCUCGAUCAAGGUAACUUUCAAAAUGCAAAAUCUGAAAUGCGCACUCCGUUUAAGAGGAUUUGCUGCCAUGAAUCUCGAUUAAGAUGACUUUUCAAAUGUAAUUUUUUUGACGCUCUCCAGUAAAUGACCGGAGAACGCUUACGUCGAAGCUCAUAUUACUAGAGAACUAUUGAAGUGUCAGUUAACGUUUUGAUUUAAAAUUCAAGAACUAAACCUUGAGUUAACUGUUAAUCACACGCAUACCAGAUUAUGGGCUUGUUCGAAAGAUGAACUACACCUGAAAAAAGAUAAUCUUUGACGGUUGUGAAUACAGCACUAAAUAAUGCUGAGUUAUUUUGUUGCACACGAAUCAGUUGUCCCAUAAACCUUACUGUAAUGAGGGAUUUAAAAAAAAAAGCCGUAAUCCAUGAUGAAUGCUAUCUAUAAACCUUUUUUAAUUUAUCGCAAAUGUAAUUGAAAGCGAAGAGGUGCUUCCUUGUUUAUUUAACUGAAUUUGAAAUCAACCGUUAAUGACAAGAACCUGAGAACCGCGCCGCAAUGCCGUGUGGUAGAUCGAAGGUUCCCGACGCAGACCAGACCAACACUCGGGGCCUCAUUUAAUUGAGGAGAGUGUGUUGCCUUUGCUAUGACAUCUGCAAAUGGUUAGACGUUCUAGUCAUCUCGGAUAAGGACGAUAAACCGUAUGCCCAUCCCCUGCAUUUUCCAUGUACUGUACUGCAAGGGACACUAAAAGAACUUACGCAUUUAUCGCAAAGAUUAGUUUAGAUUAGAUUAGACUUGUUAUUGAUUCAGCUUUAAAGCUGAAAUGAAUAAAUAACUUAAUAAAUAAAUAAAUGAUGUAUUUAGUGAACUCCAUUAAAAACACCCUUUCCGUUUAAAGACCGCUGCCCAGAAGUCAUCACAGCAUAUUAACCAUGACUGAUCGGACGUCCUCUUUCGAGCUACCAAUUGAAAAUGAAGUUAUGCAUGUACAUGAGAAAAGAAGUGAAAUGUUGGAAAGUCCUUCUUUGGUAAUUGAGCUUAUCUCGCGUGCAAAUGAAGAUAUAAACAGAGACACGAAAGCGCUUAAACUAAGGUAAAUUUAAACGUAAAAGUCUCUAACCCUGAAGUAUUCAAAUUAAAUAAUAUGAUACAAAUAUAAGUGUGUGUUAAAAUAUAGUUGCCAUUUAAAUGCCAUGAAAUGCGAGGAAAGUUGGUUCGAAAUAAUGAAUAUACAAAAAUCCAACUUUUAAAAUCACUACCCCACCUGGGCUAGCCAAUGAAAUGCAGAAUUUCGAGCCUCAGAACCUUACAUAUGUUAUUGCGGGUAACUUUCAAGGUAUGUCGGGCUUCAUGACGAGAUUGACUCUGGAAAUGUAAAAAUGUAAACCAGUAAUAUAGUCAUAAGAGUACCUGUCACUUAGUUUACUUAUUAAACUACUUGUGGGCUUGGAGAGUUUAAAACCUACAACUAAAUCUUAGCAUAUUAAAAAAUAUUUGCUUAUUUUCCAACUUCAACCGUCGCUAACUCGCUAGUUGAUUGAUCGUAACAGUGUAGCACUUUUUCAUGUGUUUUGGUCUUUUUCUUCUUCCCCCCCCCCCUCCGAAAAGUUCUGUGGGUUCUGUGUUUCUUUUACUAAUCCAUUUUUCUCUUUUUAUUUUUCAGCACACCUUCUCCUCCUCCUCCGACCAAAGAACCAACUCCAACCCCUCCCCCACCCCCUCCAACUCCGUUGCCAUCGUUUAUUACUCAGUUUAAGGGAACACUUUGGUUUGACAAAUUUUUCCCCGACGCAGACUCAGAGGUAUGCAGCUGAAAACAAUUGUUUAAUUUUUUUUUUCAAUAGUGAUUUGAAAUAUGUUUCAUAGAAUUAGUCGUUUAAUCGAUAUAGCCACCAACUGGUUGCCUCAGGUAUUUUAAUAACGGACUAACGACCAUGAGGCUUCAGUUUUUUGAAGUAAGGAUAACGCUAUUCAUUGGAUAAAUCUCUCUAAAUAUAUCUUUUGCCAACAGUUAUCCGCUGGGUCGCGAUUUACCUGUUGGAUAGCGUUACCCGCCUUUAACCGGCUGGGUCGAACAGUAUAAAUUUUAGACCAGAUCAACAACACGCAGGAUGUUGAGUAGUGAAACGAUGGAAUCUUGUUAUUGUGCACAAACGAGAAAAAACGAGAAGGAAAGUAUGGUUUAAUAGUUGGUAUAACUCAUUUUCAGACAUUUCCAAGACCUUGGACACCAGAGAGCUUUGUGGAAGUUUUACUGACCCUGAUUCAGAAGACAAAUGACCAUGAACUGAAGACACAGAUUUGCGCUGUAAGUAAAGUAUUGGCGGCUGUGUUUGGCUUGGUUUCAAAUGCAGAGCCCUUUCAUACUUAAUUUUAUACUCUUUUUGUAUUGAAAAGAAUGUUACAUGUAAUAGAAUGGAUUGGCGCCUGAUAAAAGUUAAUUGGUCUGCGUUUGGAAGAUCAGCGUUAAUUUUCAUUCUUUGAAUGACGCAUGCCGAUUGCCAAAUUUUUUUUCCUCUUCAUGUUUGCAGGCCAUAAUGCUCUUAUAUCGUCAAGAAGGUCUGGACCGAGACGCGGCCGAGAAAGUAAAUCGAACCACAAUAGCUGAACUGAAUAUCCCAGAUCAUCCUACUGCACAUGGCUCGUCCCAGGCCAAACAGUUUUUGCGCGUGGCUCUACAGCUUUCGCACACAAUGAAAGUGUAUGAAGUGUCCUUUGUGGCUGAACUCAUGGCGCAGUUUAUUGAUGGUGAUGAGGAAAUCAGGUACGGUAGCGUACAGAAAGAAACGUUUGUCUGCAAACUGUAUUUUGCCAUAUUAGCCAGCAACAGCCAAUAUACAUGUCACAUGCUUGAAGGGAACUACCUCAAAAAGUUUAUCAAUUUUGCGAUAUGAUUCGCUUCGUUAUUUUGUUUCGUGCUUAAAAUCAUUUCAGUUGUAGCGUCUUUCUUAACAGCUCGCUCACAUGAAAACACAGUGUGUCUUUCUAAUAAGUAAAGCAGUGCUCCAAAGCUUACACAGUAUAAUAUACGUGUAAUCUUUAGAGUGAAUAAGUACACGCACGGUAAUCCGUGGCAAAUGCUUAAUAGUAAGUUCAAAAUUUAUCAUUUUUGUUGCCUCACAUUAGUGUAUGCACACAGUUCGUGUUCGAUAUUUCUGAUCCUAGCAGUAUGCAGUACGCCUUUAGCGUAUUUAUCUAACAUAUGCCUUAUUGCAACUCGACAAAGAGUAAGCGACUGUGAAAUGAGAAAGCCAUGUGACUCGGGUCUAAAUUCUCACUUGCGACUCGGAGUUUUUUUCGCUGUUAUUUUUUUAACACCUUACUUACAUAUACUUUUUUUAGAUUAUCGUAUGAAAUUAUGAUUUAUAAAAAAAUUGUUGGCUGAUUUCUGUGCAUUUUUUGGACUUGUAGGAAGUUUGUUCUAGAAUUGCUAGCUUCUAUAGGAGUACCAGACACUGCUAGGUACUUUGUCAAGGAACUGGACUCAUUCGAUACCACGGUACGUAUACAAAUUUAUGUACGAAUACAUGGUACAUGAUCAAUAAAGAGAAGCUGCUAACGGUAAAAAAAUAAACUUAAAUGUCUCACUAUAGUCACAACUAAGUGAAAUAUACCCUGCCUAUAAACUCGAGUAAGCGUUCAUCUGUUUAAUCCAAGCUGAGCUGAGUUGUUUGAAGCACAGUUAGCACUGAUUCCAAUUCUGUCGCCAUGGUAUUCUCUCUGCCCUUAGAAUCAGUGGUCAUCGGGUUUUAAGAAAUCCAGCCCCAGAGGAUAGUCAAACCAGUCAGUUUGGUUAAGUUAUUUGAUGAACGUGCUGGCUAAACUAUGCAAUUUUUGUUUUCCUUUCCUUACCUACCAGAGUAUCCCUGGAAACAGAAGGAAGGCUCGUGUAAAGGACAUGUGUGUCCAGUGGCUAAACAAGUGGCUCGGUCAGUUCAGACAACACAUCCGAUCCUUGGCUGGCAAGAUCAGUCGCGCUCAAGCUGGCAGUGUAGUCAAGUGAGUCUGUUCUUAUGUCAUAACUCCUAUUUGAUAUACAUCUGAAUAUAUUGUCAUUAAUGGAAAAAUUUAGUCGCUGCUUGUGGACGGGUUCAAGGGAAGCUGAAAGAAGAUGUCUCUCACGGGUAGUAUUACGUGGGGGACAGGUGCCAUUACAACAAAUAAUGUCAGACAGUAGUGUAUCGAAACAUUCAUGAUGAAAUUUGUAGUAAGACGUCUUAAUUGGCUGUAGAGUCUGGUGCGACUAAGUUUAGAGAAGGAAUGGCAGCUGUGAAUUGUCUUUAGGUCCAAUUAGGGAUUGGGAGUGUGAGUUAUUCAACCAAUGUACACUAAGUUGUCUUUCUCUACUGAAUACUUUUUUUCGUUUCGUAAACCUAGAGGAACAAAGACGCCAAAGACACCCAGCUCUAUCAAGGGAAUUUUAAAGACAGACAGCUCACAGGUCUGUUUGAUUCGUAAUCCUUAUGUUGUGGCAGCGUGAAAAAAAGCCUUUCGAUGUAAUUGACAACUUCUUGUUUUUUGUUUUGUUGUUUGACUUGGUUUUUUUGUUGUUUUUCUUGUUUUGUUUUGUUUUCCCAGAGGACAACGUCCGAGAUGUCCAAGCCGACGACCAGUAAGUAUAAACUGAACCUUAUUCUCUUGGUAUAUGUGUCCUGUUCUUUGUCUAAAAUACCAUGAAUAUUGCAAUUGUCCCAAAUACCGUACAAUUAUCGCAGAAGUUAUUCUUCCUACCCUUAAAUCAGAGUUAUAUUAUGAAAGAAGGUACCUUUCGUUUUAAUGACAAUGUACGUGUUUCUUAUCUUUUGUAGUCUCUUUUGACCUUGAGGCCCUAGGAGGAAAAGCCGCUGACACGGCGAUGCCUGCAGAAGCGAUCAACUACUUUUGUGAGAUAAGAAUGGAGGAGGAACUGGAAAGAGCGCGAACGCGAACGCGAGAGAAGACUCCCGUUCAGGCCCAGGACAACUCUAGAAAUACAGUGCUUGUCCUGCCAAAAAUACACGGGUACGUGGCAACCUCCGGGUAGGGGACUGGUAAAGAAACUUAACCUAAACUUUUCACGAUUGAAACCGAAAAUUAACUUUUUUUUCUAUUUAGCAAACGGAGUCUGGCACGACUUGGAGAAACGCAUUGCAGUCACUGUCAUCCAGAAAGAGAAACGUCUCUUGCCUUAGGUAACACUUUUUUCUUUUUUUUUCAGUGUUUGGUAUUAUUGAUCUUUCUCGUUUUCAAAAAGUUUCGUUGAUGUCUUUUUUAUCGAUGGAACAUUUUUCAUGAUGUUAACUAUGUUUCUGAUUGGCCGUCGUGGUUACUUUGGUUGUUGGUUUUUGGUACUAAAUCGAAAACUGUUAUCUUUACAUUGCCCAAAGUUUUGGAUCAUUUUUCGCCAUCUUUUGCUUUAAACCUUGAGAGAGCAGUGCGACUCGGGCGAAAGAACGAUCUGUUUGUUAGAUUGCUCUGUAAAAUCGCUUGAAUCGAACACUUUUUGCGGUUAUAAAGAAGUGAUUUUUAUUUUGCUUUUUCUUUCUUUACACCAGCAUUUCCUCUACCACAAAUCUAUCAAACCCGUCGCAGUGUGGUGUUAAACAAUAUGGUGCUUCACCUUAAAACUCUGACACUAAACCCGUUUCCGGACGAGGGCGAUUUAGCAGUGUAUGAACCGUACCAACAGUCCAAUCUGUUGACACUGCGUUCGUCGCAGAAAUACUUCAUCCCUGCUCAAUCCUACGUUGAAGAACGAGACACUGAAAGCCUGGCUCAACAGAUAAGAAAAGUCCUAUUGUAGCUAGGUAUCUAAACUCGUUGAAUUCAAGACGAUUUGUGACACUACGAUGGGGCGAAAAAAUUGAACUGUAGACGGUGGAGAAGUAAAGCAAUGAUGAGCUGGUUAGACACUCGCAAGAUCAUCGGAAUUACAAUAUACGGGAAAAGCCUUUUUUCUGGGUUUUGCUGUCUUCCACGUUUUGAUGCCAUGUUUCGCCUCGAUUUCUGUCUUCUUGCGAGACAGAUUAAUCAAUUACGUAUUAAAGUUUUAUGCGAACUGCAAACAAGUUUCAAAAGACUUGCGGUUGACUCACUUCCAAAUACCUAGGAAGGGCUAUGAUGAAGCCAAUUCCUUUAGAGAUGGAAGUGAUUCGGCCUUGAAGGAGGGAUUGUGGAAAAAAGUGUAACUGCGGUGAGAAAAUAUUUUUAUGAUCUUAGGGACAGAAAUCCGAGCUGUUAUAGUAAUAUAUACUAUUGAUGUUUUCUUUGAUAUCAGAAUAAGUUCAUUUUAUACUUGUCCUAAUCCAUGGCUAAAAAUGAGGAAAUUGCUAUGAUUUUCGAAGUCUUUUAAUCUGAUGUAUAUACCAUAACUUUCCUUAAUCUGAUUUAUGUACCAUAACUUUCCUUGUAAAUAUUUCCAAGAGUGUAUAUAAAUUUUGUCAGAUGUACAGUAAAGAAAGAGUGAAGAAAUAUAUUUUUGAAUAAAUCAUUAGAC